AAACCACACUUUCCCCAAAUCUUAUUGGAUAUAAAUAAUUUGUUACCAUCUAUCUGUGUAUUCAAUCGAAGAACGAUCAAGUUGGUUGCUUUGGUUUUGUGCUGUCAAUCUCAAACCUAAACAACAUAACAUUCAUUCAUACCAUCGUUCGAAUUAAAUGGCCAACAGAGUUCAAAUUCCCACAAACAAUGCAGCACUCAUUGCUAUGAUCGCUGAUGAGGACACUGUAGUUGGAUUUUUGCUGGCUGGAGUGGGUAAUGUUGACUUGCGAAGGAAGACAAAUUACCUCAUUGUGGACUCAAAAACAACUGUCAAACAAAUUGAAGAUGCAUUCAAAGAGUUCACAGCAAGGGAAGAUAUUGCAAUAGUGUUGAUAAGCCAAUAUGUUGCAAAUAUGAUAAGGUUUUUAGUUGAUAGCUACAACAAGCCUGUUCCUGCAAUAUUGGAGAUUCCUUCCAAAGACCAUCCUUAUGAUCCUGCGCAUGAUUCAGUUCUUUCUCGAGUGAAGUACCUCUUCUCUUCUGAAUCUGUGGCUUCUGGGAGACGCUAAGCUUUUAUGUUUUUGGUUUGAAGCUUUUUCAAAGAGUGCUUGCUUUGUCCUUGAUUGUUGUAGAUCGAGACUUUACUCCGUAACCUUGUGAAUUCUAUAGUAACUCAAAUACUGGCUUUGUUUUGUGGUGAUUAUUUAAAUAAAUGAUGAUAUAUGAUACAACUA